AUAUUAGUUUUAGCCGCUGUGAUUAUUGAAGGACAUGCAGCGAUGAUCAACUUGGCUGGCGGUCCAAAGUCGAAUUACACUUUUCCUAAAAACUUCCUAUUUGGUGUGUCCACUGCAGCUGCACAAAUAGAAGGAGCUUGGAAUGAAGACGGUAAAUCUGAGAGUAUAUGGGAUCACUUAAUCCACACAAAUCCUAGUUUUGUUAAAGACGGUUCUAAUGCGGACGUAGCGGCGGAUUCCUACCAUUUGUAUAAGAGAGACGCUGAAAUGGUCCACGAACUGGGCGUAGAUAUAUACAGAUUUUCAAUAUCAUGGCCCAGGGUGUUACCUACAGGGCUCGCAAAUUUUGUCAACCCUUUAGGCAUUCAGUAUUAUAAAAACUUGAUUGAUGAACUUUUAAAGUACAAUAUUACGCCUAUGGUUACGAUAUACCAUUGGGAUUUGCCACAGAAGCUUCAAGAUAUUGGAGGCUGGACGAAUGCACAUAUAGUCGAUUACUUUACUGAUUACGCGAAGGUGUUGUUUGACAAUUUUGGUGAUAAAGUAAAAUACUGGGUGACAUUUAAUGAGCCGAUGCAGACUUGCCUGGAAGGCUACGGCGGUACCUACAGAGCUCCAGCAUUAAACCGCCACGGUGUUGCGGAGUACUUAUGUACGCAUAAUCUGUUGAAGGCUCACGCGAGUGUCUACCAUUUGUUCGAUACGAAUUAUAGGUCACUUAAUGGAGGUAAAAUUGGAAUGUCGCUGGAUUCUAAUUGGGCAGAACCCAAAACUAACUCACCGAGGGACAGGGAAGCGGCCGAAUUAUAUUUAAAAACACAUGUAGGAUGGUAUGCGCAUCCCGUAUAUUCAGCUGAAGGCAACUAUCCUCCAGAGCUCAUAAAACUUGUAGAUGAGAAGAGUCGACUUCAAAAUUACACCCGCUCACGUUUGCCUAAGUUUACACCAGAAGAAGUUGCCUUUAUCCGAGGUACUGCUGACUUCUUCGGUCUGAAUCAUUAUACAACGUAUCUUCUUAGUAUGGCUGACAAGGAAGUAGGAGCUAUACCGUCCCAUGAAAACGACGUAGGCAUUGUUAGAGUACAAGAUCCAAAAUGGCCUUCGAAAUCUUCGUCCUCUUGGUUGAAGGUCGUACCAUUUGGUUUCCGACGUCUGCUCAAAUGGAUCAGUAAAACUUAUAAUAACGUACCGAUUAUCGUGACUGAGAAUGGGUACGCGGACUUCAGCGGUAUUGACGACGCGGCGCGAGUAUCGUACUAUAGCCACUACCUGAACGCGCUACUGCACGCUAUCCACGAAGACCAUAGUAACGUGCACGGCUAUUUCGCGUGGAGUUUGAUGGAUAACUUCGAAUGGGAUGACGGUUACGUGUCCCGCUUCGGUCUUUAUCUGGUUGAUUUCAAGAGUCCUAACAAGACGCGGACGGCGAAGCACUCGGCCAAGCUGUACGCCAGCGUGGUGGCGUCGCGCGGCCUGCCGCCAGACUACGACCCCGAGGACUUCACCGCCUUCUCCGGCGCCAGCCUCCUCAUGCCCACCGUCCUGCCACUCAUACCUCUAUACAGGCUAAUGGUGUAACCUUCGUCAGCGCUAGUUAUUUUUGUAUAUAAAA